AUGUUUCGUCCUGCUACUCGUACUAGUUUUUUAGUAUUAAAGCGUGAUUUAACGCCAAGUUUGCAAUAUGUUAAACAACCUUCUACUUCAUUAAUAUUCAUCAAAUCAAUCUCGACUCGAUUGAUUUCCACGACGGAUUCCUCAAAGUCCACUGCAACUACUCUUGGAAACACCAUUCAACACCAAAACCACUUCAAAAAUGAAAAUGAUGUAGCGAGAUUACACGAAGAACUUUUAAAGGAAAUUCCUUCGCCAUUAUUACGAAUUCCACAUCCUAAACCGGUUCGUGAUGAAUUUAUCGAUGCGAAAACUCCAUUGACUACCAAAGAUUUGGAGAGCAUUGAUAUAAAAGUAAAUUUACAUCGAGUGCCGGUUACGCUUGCGGAUAAGAUUGCAUUUCAAAUAGUUAAAUCGUUACGAAUUCCAGCCGACUGGUUCUUUAAGAAAAAGUACAUGCAUCGAGCUGUUAUGUUGGAAACGGUUGCUGCUGUCCCUGGAAUGGUUGCUGCGACUUUAAGACAUCUUCGAUCUCUUCGAAAGAUGCAACAUGACGGCGGUUGGAUUGAACAUUUACUUCAUGAAGCAGAAAAUGAACGCAUGCAUUUAAUGACAUGGAUGCGAUUUUCACAACCUAACCUUUGGGAACGAUUUUUAGUUGCGGUGGUGCAAGGAGGCUGGUAUAAUAUCUAUUUUCUUUUAUAUCUACUUUCUCCAAAAAUUGCGCAUCGUGUCGCGGGCUAUCUUGAAGAAGAUGCGAUUAUUAGUUAUACUGCCUUCUUGAAUGAAAUCGAUAACGGUAAUAUCCCAAAUACCAAAGAAGUUCCUGACAUUGCUAUUGAAUACUGGAAUCUCGAUAGAGAGACCGCCACGUUACGUGAUGUAGUUUUGGCUGUCAGAGCUGAUGAGGCGGCUCAUAGAGAUUCAAACCACCACUUUUCAGAUCGAAUCAUUUUGAAAAGAGAAGACCUGAGAGAAGAUAUUCGUCGGAUUUUUGCAGAAGCUGAAAGUCAUACUACUAAUAAAAUUGCUGGUAUAAAUGAAGCCGCAACUGCUAAAUGGGCACGAAAAGAAAAAUCAUAA